AUGGACAACUCUCGCGGCGCCUGCGCUCUGUGUGCUAAGAAUGUGACCUUCUCUGACGCUGUCAUCGUCUGCGCAGAAUGCGAAGAGUAUGGCGUCUGCGCAGAAUGUUAUGUUCAAGGCUAUGUGAGCAACGCCCACCCUCCAGACCACAAACUGCAGAUAAUGCGUGCCAAUUCCUUCACCAUCGAUGCACCCGCGUUGCCGGGCAUCCUUGCGAUACCAGCAGAAUUCCAGCUCGACAAAGCCAGCGGGGAAGAAGCGCGAAAGUACUGGGGUGAUCUCCUUAAACCACCAUACCGCAAAACAGCUUCUUCCAUGGUCGUACGACUCGCAAAUGCCUUAUUCAUUCACGCAGACUCGGAGAUUGAACCGCGGAAUAAAGGAUCGCUCAAUCCUGCAAAGUAUUGGUACCUGCGACAGAUUAUGGGUGAAGCGCCGGUCAAUCAUUACAGCAAGCAAUUCGGUCGUUUCGAAGCGAACGUUGUCGGCCGUAUAUGGGAGCUGUGGGACUGGGAAUACACCCUUGAUGAGACGACUUCGCCGCCAACGCCACUGAUGACUCGCGCUGGAUAUGUCAGCAACCUGAUGUGUAACCUGCUGCUCGAUCCCGAGUAUGCGCAGCUGCAACUUAACGCAGCCUUGACCUACUUGGCCAAAUGUUACGAGGAGCCGCUUGUUGAUCCAAUCACAAGCCAGCCUUUCAAAUAUCACUUCAUCCCACGUGAAUGCUUUCCGGCCCAUACCGACGAGAGUGUCCACAAGCAGUAUCUGGAGUUUUCGAAGACUGUUGAGGCCGAGGUCGUAGCCAAGCAGCUCAUUACCACUGAGGAAGACUGGCAACGAUCGCAUCCCACAGCCCCGAUGGCGACUGACGUAAGAGCUUCACCGGUGACCGUUGCAUUGCCUGAACGACCAGCCGCUACGGCGACCCCAAGAGAUCCACCUCCCUUGUCCGUGAUUCAAGCAAAAGCCCCUCACUCGCCUUCAAGCGGAGCAUCACUGAAGCCAGCAAGCGCAACCAGCGCUGCGAACGAUCGGACCAACUCGUUCUCCGCCCACGCAAAACCAGUGGCUCAGCCGACAACUCAGGCACAGUCUGCUCGGCAGCCCGGUCAAUCGAAGUCCAUUGCCGAACAACAUGUAGAUCAGAUGGCUAGAAUGCAGAUGCUGCAGCUCGAGCAUGAGCAAAGGAUGCAGAUGGCAAACAUGUUUUACCAGACUGCCAGUAAGUCAAUAGAUUAUAUGCACGUACGACCGUACCGGUGGUAUCAGUAG